AUGGCUUAUUUGCUUCUUUAUGUUGAUGAUAUUAUAUUAGCCACAUCUAAUGACAGGUUGCGAACAGGAAUUACUUCUCAGUUACAAAUUGAGUUUCCUAUGUCAGAUGUGGGGCCUUUGAGCUAUUUUUUUAGCAUUGCGAUGACUCUUACACUGUCAUAUUUAUUUUUGUCUCAGCAAAAAUAUGCACAAGAGAUCUUAGAAUGUGCAAGUAUGGCUUCUUGCAAACCCGCAACAACUCCUGUCGAUACUAACUCCAAACUUAGUGUAGAUUCGGGACCACCAUUCCGGGAUCCUACUCUAUACCGCAGUUUAGCAGGCGCUCUUCAAUAUCUCACUUUCACUAAGCCAGAUAUUGCCUAUGCGGUACUGCAAGUAGUAUGUCUUUUCAAGCAUGAUCCCAGGGAAUCGCAUUAUGAUGUGUUAAAACGCAUACUAUGUUAUGUUCAUGGUACUAUUGAUCGUGGUUUUUACUUAUAUUCGUCUGCUUCUACUCGUUUCAUUAAUUAUACUAACGCUAACUGGGGAGGUUGUCCCGACACCCGUCGUUCCACAUUUGGUUAUUAUUGCUUUCUCGGGGACAACCUCGUUUUUGGGUCAUCUAAGCGUCAACCUACUUUAUAUCGAGUGCAGAAGCAAAAUAUCGAGGCGUCACAAAUGUUAUCUCUGAGGCUUAUUGGCUUCCAACCCGGUUCAACACCAACGCACCAAACAUGUGGGAUGGAUAUUCAUUUUGUUCGAGAAAAGGUUGCUUUGGGUGAGGUUCGGGUUCUUCAUGUUCCUUCUAGAUAUCAAUUUGCAGACAUCUUUACCAAAGGCCUUCCACGAGACUUGUUUUUAGAGUUCAGAUCCAGUCCUAGCAUACGACCUCCUCCCGCUAUGACUGCGAAGGUGUGA